GCCAGCCUCCGACAGAGGAAUAGCCCUUUCCCUUUCCACUCUUGUGCUUACCGAGAUAUUUCCUUCGCGAAGUUGCGCAGGCGAAGGAAGACGAGUUUCUCAAUCGGAGAAUAAGAGCGGAUCAAAUGGAGAGAAGUUGAAAGGACAUCAAUGGGCAUCUAGCCGACCUGUUCGUGUCAGAUGCAUUCAAUAUCCUAGGUAGUUAAAUGUGAUCUGAAAAUUAUAAUUUCGCUUUAGUCGUACAUAGAACGCAUAACUGUGCCAAUGUGACCGAGUGGUACAUCUAGCAGUACUUGAGGAAACACUGCAGCAAUAAGUGGCUCGUUUAAUUGGGAUUUCACCAUGGCGUAUCCUCAGGGAUACUUGUACCAACCAUCCGCUUCGCUGGCGCUUUAUUCCUGUCCGGCGUACGGUUCCAGCGCUAUAUCGGGACCCCGGACGGACGAGCUUGGAAGGUCGUCGUCCCGUUCUGCCUUUGCCCCAUACGCGGGAUCUACGACUUUCACAAGUCAAGCCACAGCUUUCAGCUCGCUCCAGUACGCUUCCGAAUCGACGCCAGCGGGGACAUUCUCUUCAUUUGUGGGUUCCCCAUACGACCAUUCGCCAGGCAUGACUGGCUCUAUAGGAUAUCACCCAUAUGCCGGCCCCCUGGGAGCGUACCCAUUCGGAGACCCGGCGUACCGGAAGAACGCCACCCGAGAUGCUACUGCCACCCUCAAAGCCUGGCUUAACGAGCACCGGAAAAACCCAUACCCUACCAAGGGGGAAAAAAUCAUGCUGGCUAUCAUCACCAAAAUGACCCUCACACAAGUGUCAACCUGGUUUGCCAACGCCCGCAGAAGACUUAAGAAAGAAAAUAAAAUGACCUGGACCCCUCGAAACAGAAGCGAGGACGAAGAUGAGGAAGAUAAUAUUGACUUGGAAAAAAAUGAUGACGACGAUGAGUCCCACAAGGCAACUGAAAUGUCUGAGUCGACCAAAGAAUUAGGUGGUCUGCACGUCAGUCCAGGGGUAAUCACGCCUGAGAAGCACAAUGAAAAUACCGAUGAUGAAACGGAUCGUAUUACGGACAACUCCGACACGAAAGAACGAGAGAACCGGACAGAGUGCGAAUCCCCAGUGCCAACCACCUCCUCACCAAACAAUGUUCCCCCUGAGACGGAGAGACUUGGGCAAGAAAAACCUGCAGAUACUGGAGAUCCUUCUAGUUUUCUAAAGCCCCCGAGUGAAAACAACAAUGCCACAUCUGUCAUUCAUUCAACAAACUCGACCCCCAAACCCAAACUGUGGUCUCUAGCAGAGAUUGCUACGUCGGAUAAGGGUAGUAGCGAACAAUCCCAAACAUCUGGACCUGCUCAGAGUACUAUUAUCACUACAGGGGCGUUAUCACCCUCUCGGUCACCUACGCACUGCCCCUUCCCUAACGGCACGGUUCUCCCCAGACAUUUAUACUACGCUUCUCCUUUUUAUCCAGGUUUCACGAACUAUGGCACGUUUGGACACCUGAACACUAAUCAUGGAGCCAAUUCCGGUUCUACGGCGCAUUUGAACGGAUUAAGUCAGGCUGCGCUGCACAGAGCGGGUGCUCUGGUUAGAGACAGCAAAUUGAGAAGCCACACGUCAGUAGAGAUUUGUAAAGAACUCGCCUUUGAGCACAAGCGGGGUAUGGCAAACGUUAAAUAGUCUACUCAUUUUUUUUCUGAAUUCUUUAUUUAUCCUCUUCGGAAUGAGAACUGAGGAUUUAUGUAGAUGAGAGUGCUCUGAAAAGAUAAAAAGGAAGUUUGAUGCAGUAUACUUGUGAAUGCAAAUCAUGUACAUGAAGCUUUUUGUAUUAAAAACGGAAUUUUAUGAAAAUAUAUGAUCGAAGCUCUAUAAAGUAAAAUAUUGCUUCUUUGCUAAUCCAUCAAUGUAAAAAGGUGAAAACCUUUGUUGUACAAGAAGCCAAAGCUGACUGUUUUACAAAUCCAUAUUAAUAUUUAAUUUUUAUUAACUGUUGAAUAUUCACAUGACGAAUGCCUGCCAUUCAUGGAAUUUAUUAUUCAGUAUAAGAGCAUAAAAUGAUUUUUAUGGAUAAGAUGCAAGAGGACCAAUAUUUUUUUCUCAUGACUUCACUUCUCACAUGAGCUGAUUUGAGUAAAAAGUUUUUAGUUUUUUUUUUGUCAAAUAUCAUAUUAAGGUAUACAUUGGUAUUUCAUAUAGGACAUACAAAGUGAAACAACAUGGGUUAAUUAAAUCCUCAUUUACCAUUUUAUCAUUUAAUUAAA